CGUUUAGAAGAGAACGCGUCGAAGUCGAAACGAAAAAGUGAAAAGUCGAAUAGAUCGAUCGUUGCGUUGCUGCGUCCUGAGAGCUCUCGAGGAACAACACCCGAUAAAAAAGAGAAAAGAAAACACAAAUAGCUGAGAUGGCUCUGGUUCCGUCUACGAACAACACGGACUGGGAUUACUGGGAUUACCGUCGUCGCUUGUGGCGCGACUGGGACAUCAACGACUGGGAUCUGCCCUACUGGAAGCGCUCGCUGUCGCGCGUGGGCUCCGCGCCCGAUCUGAGCAGGGUGAUCGUGGGCAAGGACGGGUUCGAGGCCAACGUGGAUGUGCACCAGUUCAAGCCGUACGAGAUCACAGUGAAGACCACCGGCGAUACGGUGGUGGUGGAGGCCAAGCACGAGAAGCGUCGCGACGGAGACACCUUCGUGGGACGCCACAUUGUCAAGCGAUUCGUGCUGCCCCGUGGAUACUACCCGAACGAUGUCCGGUCGGAGCUGUCCUCCGAUGGCAUCCUCACCGUGCGCUGUCCGCCGUAUCUGAGCAACGAGCGGAGUGUCUACGUCCGUCAAGUGGGUCCCGCAUAUCUCAGCAUUAAAAACUAACCCCAGGGAUCGGGCGGAGCGCCGGAGCAGCCAGAGUGCACAGGAUUUAUGUGUUUUGUUUUUUUUUUUUUAGUUUCUGUUGGUGCAAAGAAAAAAAAUUAAAAGAAAGACCCAUUAAUGCACCCGAUCGGAAAUAAUUCAGAAAUCUAUUGAAGAUUUCCGUAGAUUUUCCGAGUCUCUUAAUUCUAAGUAAGCCCAAUCCAAAGGGAAAAUAAUUGGACUCUUUUUGUAAUUAACAAGGAAAUAUUUCAUUUGUUUAGUUAAAUAAAAUAAAGGUUUAAUUUAUUAAUAA